AUGGGUAGCCUUCGUAGUCCCCUAAUAGAGUUUUAAGUGAAUGGCCGUGAUUGAAUCUUCUGUUUUAAGUUGCUCACGAUUAUUCAAAUUUCCUAAUUGGCUAAGUCGACCGGAAGUAGAUAAUUCACAGUGUAAUAAAAUGCAAUUGGGAGCUCCGGCUAUCAAGUGGAUAGCCAAAGGUUACAAAGCCGUGACCCGCAGGAAAUCAGUCCAUGAACACUCGCCGUCGCGACUAGCCAAGGUUCUGUCAACCUUCGAUUUGACCACUCUUGGGAUUGGAAGCACAUUGGGAAUUGGAAUUUACGUGAUAGCUGGACAGGUCGCCAAAAAUACUGCCGGGCCAGGGGUAGCACUAAGCUUCCUGAUAGCCGGUGCAGCUUCCUUAUUCGCAGGACUAUGCUAUGCCGAAAUUGGACCACGGGUUCCAAAGGCAGGAUCAGCUUAUAACUAUAGUUAUGUGACGAUCGGCGAGUUUAUGGCGUUCUUCAUUGGAUGGAAUAUGAUUUUGGAAUAUUCGAUAGGCGCAGCUAGCGUUGCUAAAUCAUUCAGCGAAUAUCUAGAUUCGAUUCUAGGAUAUCCAAUGAGAAAUUUUUUCACCGAAUAUGUACCUAUUUCUGUGCAAGGACUAAGUCAGUUUCCAGAUGUUUUCGCUUUCGGGAUUACCAUGGUCUUCGCAAUUGCGAUAGCGUAUGGUGCAAGGGAAUCAUCCUUCUUCACUAACAUUUUCACUGUGAUCAAUGUGGCCAUCAUAGCAGGAAUAAUUUUGGCUGGAACCUUUCAAGUUAAUUCUAGUAAUUGGCAGCUUCCAGCUGAAAGCAUUCCGCCAGGAUUUGGAGUUGGUGGCUUCAUGCCUUACGGAUUCUCCGGUGUCUUGAGGGGAGCAGCCAUCUGUUUUUAUGGUUUCAUUGGAUUCGAUGCAAUAGGAACUGCAGGAGAAGAAGCCAAAUAUCCCCGCCGUUCAAUCCCACUUGCAUUCUGCAUAUCUCUGGCUAUAAUCUUCCUCGGGUAUCUUUUCAUGUCAAUGAUCCUAACAAUGAUGAUCCCAUACUAUGACGAGGAUACAAGCGCUCCACUUCUCUACAUAUUCCGUCAAAAAGGCUGGACUGUUGGCGAAUAUUUUGUUAUGGUCGGAGCUGCGUUCGGGCUUUGCGCAAGUCUGGUAGGCUCAAUGUAUCCGCUACCCAGAGUUAUAUUUGCCAUGGCGGCAGAUGGACUUGUCUUCAAAUUCAUGGGAAAGAUACAUAAACGACAUAAAACACCUUUUCUUGGAACACUGCUCACUGGAUUUAUUACAUCCUUGAUUGCGAUGUUUUUCGAUUUGACCCAGUUGAUCCAUAUGAUGUCGAUCGGGACCCUUUUGGCGUAUACAAUGGUUUCGUGCUCGGUGAUGAUACUUAGAUAUAGCAUAGAUGAACAGUGCGUUCACCGGAGGAUGGUUAACUGGGAUCACAUAAACGACAACCUUUUCAAGAAACUCUGCAACUACGACAGCAUUCGAAUCGCCUCGGAUGCCAGUUCAAACAUUGCAACCUGGGGAUGCGCUCUAUUCUGCGUGUUAUCCAUUACCCUUGGAGUAAUUUUAAACUUUUACGUGGAAGACCAGGUUGAUAACAAUGUUUGGGUCUAUAUUUCCAUUGGCAUCGGGGUUAUCAUGUUCCUGGUGGCCUUUUUCAUCUCAAGACAACCCCGAUCAAGGAAGGAUUUAGCCUUUCGAACACCAUACGUGCCUUGGGUACCAGCAGCUUCCAUCUUCAUCAACUUAUAUCUAACAAUCAAAUUAGAUAGUUCUACGUGGAUACGAUUCCUUGUAUGGAUCAUUAUUGGCUUACUCAUAUACUUCUGCUAUGGAGUUUGGAAUAGCAAUGAACGCAAACGGAGGAGUCAACAUCAGAACGGGAAUGGAGUGGUCCGGAGGUCGUCGCUAAGGGUACCUGUCAUUACAAUAAGUGAAACAAUAAUGUAGGGGUUACUGCUGAGUAUCUACCAAUACUGAUUGUGAUAAAUUGCCUCGAACUCGCACCAUUUGCGAGGAAUAGAGUUUUUAGUUAAGUCCGUGAUGAAUCCUAGUAGUACAGAUGUAAAGCAAAACUUUCAAAUAUAUCUGAGUUGACCUGUAUAUAAAAACCUUAGGCUUAAAUAUACAAAUUAAAGGGGAAGUUUUGCAUAAUCUCCUCAAAACAUCA